CGUUUAGCGGCGGGCCAACGGUGCGGAUACUUGACUUGGGCCGGAGCUGCCAACUGAAUGUGUGAGGUGCCAGUGACGACGAGGACGAGUGCGAGUGCAAAUCUCGGCAAUCGGGCGGUGAUAUCCAUCAGGCAAGCGGUUCCUACCGAAAGAUCAAAAGUUCGAAACACCCAAAAGUGUCAAGUGAAGGCGGCUUAAACACAAUAAAUAAAUACAGCAAAAAAAAAACAGGGCUAAAAUCCCCGGCUCGUGUGUGCGCAUGCAUGUCCAAAUGCCCAUAAACAAUUCAUCAGAAAGCGAGCAAACAAACGAAAACAAACAACAGAUAUUGUUUACAAUUGCCUAAAAAGGCCGGAGACAAGCAAAUAAAAUAGUUUUCAAAUUCAUUCCAUGACAAGUGGCUAAAACAAUAAGCACAAAACGUUUUAAAACUCAAUCUCCCGAAACACAAACAAUGAACGGAAACACCAGCAAUAUCAACGGCAGCAACAACAGCAACACCAAGUGCAUCAGCAACAGCAACAGCAACAGCAUGGCAGCAAUAUCAACAUCGUCAGCAGCAGCAGCAGGUUCAGUCACUCGGUAAUCAACGACAACAACAACGCUGUCAGCAACUAUGUUCUAUGGCUAAUACAAAAGCUUCAAACAACAAAUCGCCAGCAACAACUAAGCCAAAAGUUCGCCAAAGCAUUUGAUGCUAAAACAACAACAAGGAAAACAACAGCAGCAGCCACAUCAACAUUGGCAACACUUUUACGAGUUGCAGACUACCUUGUACAACGAAUUUUUAUUAUUGCACAAGGCCCGAGGCGGCAGGACAUCGCCGGGAUCCUCAUCCGGAAUCAUUCCAGUUCGAGUAUGCGAUGGCCGCAGGUAGAGCCGCCGCGACGUCGAGUCCGAAUCCGAAUCCGAGUCCCAGUCCCAGUCCGAGUCCGGCCAGCGGUCAGGACAUAGCCAGCGACAACAGUGCCCAGUGCCGCACGUUGGCCACGAAGGUGCGCCGGAAAGGGCCACGCCCCCAGCGGCGCCUGCACCCGCCCCUGCGCCCCGCCCGCCAGCCGCUGCAUCUGCCACUGUGGUUGUGGCUGCUGUGCUGCUGCUGCUGCCAGCUGGGCCAGCUGCGGGCCGAGUGUCCGGCGGUGUGCGAGUGCAAGUGGAAGAGCGGCAAGGAGUCCGUGCUGUGCCUUAACGCCAACCUCACCCACAUCCCGCAGCCCCUGGACGCGGGCACCCAGUUGCUGGACCUCAGCGGCAACGAGAUCCAGUCGAUACCCGACGACAGCUUCGCCGCAGCCCAGCUGCUCAACCUGCAGAAGGUGUACCUGGCGCGCUGUCGCCUGCGCCUGAUCGAGCGGCAUGCCUUCCGCAAGCUGAUCAACCUGGUGGAGCUCGAUCUCAGCCAGAACCAGCUCGCGGCCAUUCCCUCGCUGGCCCUCUACCACGUGCCGGAGCUGAGGGAGCUGCGGCUGAGCGGCAAUCCCAUACUGAGGGUGCCGGACGAUGCCUUCGGCCAUGUGCCGCAGCUGGUCAAGUUGGAGCUGAGCGACUGCCGGCUGGCGCACAUUGCGGUGCGCGCCUUUGCCGGGCUGGAGAGCAGCCUGGAGUGGCUGAAGCUGGACGGCAAUCGGCUGAGUGAGGUGAGGAGCGGCACCAUCACCUCGCUGGCCUCCCUGCACGGGUUGGAGUUGGCCCGCAACGAGUGGAACUGCAGUUGCUCCCUGAGACCCCUGCGAGCCUGGAUGCUGCAGCAGAACAUACCGAGUGGCAUACCGCCCACCUGCGAGUCUCCGCCGCGAUUGUCGGGCAGAGCCUGGGAUAAGCUGGACGUGGAUGACUUCGCGUGCGUGCCACAAAUAGUGGCCACCGACACCACCGCGCACGGGGUGGAGGGGCGGAACAUCACCAUGAGCUGCUAUGUGGAGGGAGUGCCGCAGCCGGCGGUCAAGUGGCUGCUGAAGAACCGCCUAAUAGCCAAUCUCAGCGCUGGCGGGGAUGGGGACUCCGGUUCGGAGCCGCGAACGGCAGCAGCCACGCAGGGCAGGAAGACAUAUGUGGUCAACAUGCUGCGGAAUGCCUCCAACCUGACCAUUCUCACGGCGGACAUGCAGGAUGCCGGGAUCUACACGUGUGCGGCGGAGAACAAGGCCGGCAAAGUGGAGGCCAGUGUGACGCUGGCCGUUUCCCGACGGCCACCGGAGGCUCCGUGGGGCGUGAGGAUUAUCCUGCUGGGCGUCAUAGCCGCUUUACUGCUGGUGGGCGGCUCCUCCUUUGCGGCCAUCUGUCUGUGCUCCCUGCAGAGGCGCCGAAAGCUUCGACUGUGGAACUCCGUGCCGCCCGUGAGGCGAAGCGAAAGCUACGAGAAGAUCGAGAUGACGUCGCGGACGAGACCGGAUCUGGGGGGCGGGGCCAGCUGCGGGGGCGGCAGUGCCACGGGCGCCGGACUCUUUCACGAUGCCGAGGAGCAUGGCUAUCUGCGGGCCGCCCACACUCCGCUGAACGACAAUGAUGUGGGUCAGGCGGCGGCCAUUGUGAAUCCGAGUGCGGGAAGUGCCCAGCGGCGGAACGGGGACUAUCUGCACGUGUCCACCCACUGCGACGAUGAGGAGGAGGACCACCACCCACAUCCCAGUCAGCAGCACCAGCACCAGCAGCAGCAGCAGGCGAGGAAGAGCUCCCAGGGCCAUGUUGUCUCCGCAUCCGGGGCGAAUAAUUCAGCGCCGCUGGAGGAAACGGAUCUGCACAUACCGCGCCUCAUCGACAUCGGCGGCACCGAUUCCGCAUCCAGUUCGAUAUCCAGCCAAGUGGAUGCCGCUGCCCGCUUGGGCGGCUAUGCCGGUCACACCUGGAAGACCACGCCCAUUGCAACCACCAAGAUCAACUCGCCGCACAGCAAACCGGCCACGUCUGUGCAUCCACCCUCCUCAUCCGUGAAUCCCCCGGGCACGGGUUCGGGUACGGCUACGGCCACGCCCUACGCCCAUUACGGCAAUCAUGGGGCGGACGAGAUGGCCACGUCGGUGUUCUGCAGCGAAGGCCAGGAGAGCGACCUGUUCGACAGCAACUAUCCGGACCUGCUGGACAUAGCCAAGUAUGCGGUGGCCCAGGCGCAGCAGCAGGAGGGUCGGGGGCAGGGCGGCUAUGGCCAGGCCACGCCCACUCCGAACGGGGGGCUGUGCACGCUGCCGCGGAAGCUGAAGACCAGCGGCAAGUACUUCCGCAACUCCUCGGACAGCCAAUCGCCGCUGCUGGCGGACAACUCCAGUAAGUAUGGCAGCAGCACCCUGGGCGAUGGAAGUUUCCUCAACGAGGCCAUGGGUCUGGGCAGGCGGUACUCGGCGGAGUCCAGUUAUGCGAACUACUCGAGCACGGCCACCUACACCGGUGGUGGCCAGCGGGCAAAUAGUUUCCUCAACUUGGUGCAAAGUGGCGCCCACAAGGGCAGCCUGCUGCCCGGUCAUUUGGGCCAAAAGCCCAGCCUGCCCUCCAGUCCGGUGCAGCAUCAGCGCUCGCUAUCGAGUGCGGCCACGCCCCUUCUGGACUUCACCGCCCUGGCGUCUCGAGCGGCCGGAGCGGCCAACUCCUCGGUGGCCGCCUACGAUUAUCAUGCCGCUCAAUUGGAGCGAUUCCUGGAGGAGUAUCGCAACCUACAGGAUCAACUGUGCAAAAUGAAGGAGACCUGCGACACAAUCCGGAAAAAGGAGACCCCCCUGCGAGUGGCCAUCGGACAGUCGGCUGCCCAGCUGGCCGACCCCCUGAUGUACAGUGCAGCCUCGCACAGUCCGAAACCGCCGGCGGCCAGCAAUCUGAAGACGAAGACCCUGCUGCCGGGACAACCGCCGGAUCCACCGCCCUACUGGCUGCACCGCAACGCCAUGUUGAAGCGGCUGAACGGAGACGGCAGUGGCGGUUCGAACGGAUCGGGCGGAUCUCCCGCCUCCCCGCAGCCCGGACAGGAUAUUUUCAAGAGCUAAUCGCAAUCGUGUACAGCCGGAGGAUUGAGUGAUGGGGCGGAAGGAAAAACGAGAGGCUUCGGUCCACCGAAGAUGGCAUGAGCUUGCAGGAAUAACAAAGUUAAAAAUGCUAACAAGUUUCUACAAGAUAUCUUUCUCUUAUGCAUUAUUUUAAAUGCCCAUUUUUCCUAAAAUUAAUAUUUAAUUUGUAUAGUUCAAACAAUUUCAUAAUAAUUUGGUUUCAGAUUAUAUUUUUGGACAACAUAUCAUGGACAAGGUGUACACAUUUUGAGAGGUUAUCUAUUAUUUUUGAUUUUUAUAUAUAUUUUUAUAUUUAUUCGAUCAGUUAUUUUUCAGCAACCAAUUAACAUUUUCCUUGCUGAUAAAAAGAAAACCCAACUUUCAUACUCUUUCAAAAUCUCAUAAUUUACAAAGCUUCUGACAAAAAAUAAUUUUAUCAAAGACAAGUGACUAUUAAGCCCAUGCAAGCUCCUGCCCAUCGAUCUAAAUGCAUUUGUCUGGAUAGUUAGUUAGGCCUAGGUAGCUGGAGGAGAUUCAACUGGUUCGAUACCCAGCCCCUCUGUUGUAUUAUAGAAACACUUUUCCACUCUUUAUACUCGCUACUACGCAAUAUUAAACACGAUCCCGAAAAGCGGACGACACAGAACAUAAGACAUUGUAAGUGUAUAGACAGAAAUCCUUUAGAAAUGAAAAACACUAUCUCGAAUACACCUAUCGGAACCUAAUUUUAGAAUCCCCCCUAAGAAAAAAGCUCUCGUGUUAGUCUAACUACAAGUGUUUUUGUACUUUAAGCGAUCUCAAUAUAAACAAGGAUAAUAUAGAUGACCUAAAUAUCAUAAGUAUGAGUUGGCACAGACUGCAAAACGAUAGAUUGACGUAUUGUUUGAUUGUUAGAUGUUUGUUUUUCUGUACCGCCGUUCAGGUGGUCACAAAUUGUAAGCCAAUUAGAUCCAAACUCUAAAUUGUAAUUUAAAACGAUACAAAAAACAAAACAAAAAAACGUACUUUAGGGUGUCACUAAACUAAAACUCGAAAGCAUUUCACCCAACCAACAAGAGAAAGCAAAAAUAAAUUAGUUGAGAAUUGAAAGAAAACAAAACGAG